GCGAAUAAAAUCGCUGCUAGCCAUGUAGAUCUAGCGCUCAUUGCCUUUCCUCCUUCCCAUCUGCAAUGUCGAACACGACAACCACAACCCCGAGUCUUCCUGCUUCAUUGGAUCUUCCACCUCAUCUAUCCGCACAAAAAUAUUUCUUCGUCUGCACACUCACUGUAUUGGCCUGGGAUGCUCUCGUUCUCACUCCCAGGUCCUACAGGCUGGGACGUCUACCAAAAUGGCCAGCUCUGAAGUUCAUGUAUUACUUCAUGCAAUUCUGGGUCCUAGCAGACUUUGUUGUAACAGGUGUAAUGUUCUUUAGUACGACAGUCGUACAGGACACAGAUUGCGUCGCGUUCUGGCCUUACGAGCCAAUUUGUACGGCAGUUCUCCUCGCUGUUGCAUCCGCUGUCCAUGUCAUGCGCAUAUCGGCUAUCUAUGGCCACGUUCAACAUGUUCGCGCGACUAUGUGGGCAUUGUACGCUGUGCAGAUUGUUGUAACCGCAAUUUGCUGCGGCUUCUACCGCUCUGUUCAUCUAGAAGAUGGCCAGGGAUGCAUUGCUGGUCCCUUGAAUAACGCAAGCUGGGUGGGAAUUUACUGGCUAGCUCCAACCUUGCUCUAUGCUACCAGCUUCGUUUUCGCUGCCAUACGCAGUAUACAAACCCUCGAAACCAGGCGUGUAUCUUACUGGCGUCUCGUGCUUCGUGAUGGCUUGAACCUGUACGGUGCCAUUCUCCUCGUAAACCUUAUCAACGUCUUCUUCUACUUCAUCAUGACGCCCACGGGUCCAACCGACCCCAUCAAGACAAUUGUCACCAGCAUGGCAGCUGUGCUUACAACAACAAUGUCUAUGCGCAUUAUCCUCUCUGUUAGAGGUGACCUUACCAACGGUGGCACAUUCUCUAUCUCUUCCCACGCCGCUUCUUCAUCAGGAGCCAAUACCCACUCGCUUUCUGGUUCAGGAACUAGACCAAGAGGGGUUAACCACACAUUCACUCUCGGCGAUAUGCGUGAUGCCACUGUCGCCGUGGCCGCUCGUAAAGAGGCUGGAGAGUGGGAUGCUGACAAAAGCAGUGUCACUCCUCACGAGGAAACCAAGGCUGUACUUCCAAUUAUUGUGGAUGACGUUGAUAGUGGUAUUCCUCGUGCGCGCACUGGGUUGGGCGUGCAAAUCACGGUCGAUCAGCAAGUCGAGUAUGAUGAUGGAUUUCCCACAAGGAAGUAGUUUCGGAAUCUGAAAGUGCUGGCGCGCUUUGCUGUCAAUACAAUCUAUUUGGCCCUACAUGUCUAGGAUGUUGACAUGCUAUCUCCCGCACUCGUAUUUUUUUUUAGCGAUCUGCUCGUAUUUAUACCGCUUGUUUACUCACAGUAUUUCCUACGUACUUCAGCGUGCCUCACGCGAUGCUGCUAUUAUUGAGAAUUUCAUGAGAUACAUUGUAUACCAGUUGCUGUACUGCUUGAACAUAAAUAAAACAUUGGCGCCCAGUUCUUUCUUCCGCUACCACGAUCCAUCUGGUUGCCUGUGCGCACUGGUUCAUAUGUAAUAACCUACCCGGAGAGGUGCAUUGAUAAAAGAAC